UUGCAUUAGUAUUAUGCACCACAUGUUCAACCUCAACCUACUUGGAUAAACUCAAACCGUCCCAGUCUCGGACACAGGUGUUUAAAUCCUUCUUCCUCAUCUACAAGAGCCUGGUAAAGACGGAAGUUCAGUAAUGCUUGGACAAGAAGGAGGAGAGUCUGGUAAAGAAAGAACUACAGAGAUGAAUGAAAGAGAAGGUGCUAAGGAGGAGAGAGAAGGGCUUUCUUUGGACGAAAUCUCAAAGUACAGAGCGACUGCUCAGCAGAAUUCCAUGGAAGCCAUUAGGGCUGCGGAAGAGAAGUACGCAAAGAAUAAAGAAUCAAGCGAGUCGGCGUUGCGAAACGAAAAGGAAUCUGAAGGUCGUAGCCUUGGUGCUGGAACCGGUCGUGGUGCCGAGAAGGUUGCCCAUGCAAAAGACUAAUAGGUUUUAAACGUGUUUCGGUACAUUUCAAUGUAAUGAGAUGUGAAUAAGAAUAACGGGAAUUUUUGGGAAAUACUUUUUAUCUCAAAUGAAUAAGAACCUUGAAUGAGUGGUUCUAUUGAAAAAUGACCCAAAUAUUUCUACUGAUUUGGUAUGGUAUUCAAUUUAGGAUCCUUCUUAAUUUCUUGUGGACUUGUCUGAUUGCCAAGUCCAUCUGGGAUUGGAAAAGGAACAGAUUGUUGUAAAAAUCUUGGGUACAGCUCUUCCAGGGGAGAAAAUAUUCAUUGCAAUGCC